AUGGCACACACUACAAAGCCGUUUUAUUGCAAAAGACUAUCAGAAGAAAGGUGGAUGAAGCGAUUUACGAAUCAAAUCGCCUGCGCAAACACUGCUCGACCAAGCUCGGAGGGCCAGCCGCCCCCUUCGCCAUUAAUUCCGCUCCCACGAGGAGCUGGUGGUGGGAAAAGGGAGAAUUUGCCUCCAUCGUCCACGGGAUUUGUCUCUGUGCAGAUACUUUUGCACGUACAGCUUCAUCCCUGGACGGUUGUCCCUGAUUUUACACAUCAUGCCCACUCUGCCUCGUUGUCAGCGGUAGCAGUGAAUAGCAGAUAUGUGGUCACCGGGAGCAGAGAUGAGACAAUCCAAAUCUAUGACAUGAAAAAGAAGAUAGAGCAUGGGGCACUGCUGCAGCACAAUGGCACAAUAACUUGUUUGGAGUUCUAUGGUACUGCACAUCUACUGAGUGGGGCUGAAGAUGGACUAAUUUGUAUCUGGAACACAAAGAGAUGGGAAUGCCUGAAAUCCAUUAAGGCACAUAAGGGGCACGUGACAUCUCUUUCUAUUCAUCCUUCUGGGAAAUUAGCUUUGUCAGUAGGAACAGAUAAAACAUUAAGAACUUGGAAUCUUGUAGAAGGACGAUCAGCCUUUAUCAAAAACCUGAAGCAAAAUGCCCACAUAAUUAAAUGGUCCCCUGAUGGAGAGAAGUAUGUGACCGUGAUAACAAAUAAAGUGGAUAUCUACCAACUUGACACAGCUUCAAUCACUGGCACUAUCACAACAGAGAAGAGAAUUUCUUCACUUAGAUUUAUUACAGAUUCUAUCCUUGCCAUAGCUGGAGAUGAUGAAAUUAUAAGGUUCUACAGCUGUGACUCUCAAAAAUGCCUAUGUGAAUUUAAAGCUCAUGAAAACAGAAUAAAAGAUAUCUAUAGUUUUGAAAGAGAAGGACAACAUGUUAUCGUUACUGCAUCCAGUGAUGGUUACAUUAAAAUGUGGAACCUGGAUCUUAAUAAGAUAAAAGAUGUGCCAUCUUUACUGUGUGAAGUCAAUACCAAAGCUAGGCUGACGUGUCUUGCAGUAUGGCUUGACCAAGCUUCAGAAACAAAAGAAAAUUCUGAUAAAGCUGAAACAUCAGUUCAAGCAAAUGAAGAUGAAAAAUCAUCUAUAGUCAGGAAAAACAAAGUUUGUCGGACUGAUAGAAGUGAUAAAAUGGCAAAAAGAAAGAGAAAAAUUGCUCCAGAGAAGCAAAAAUUGGAAGCUCCACUGCAAAAGAAGAAAAAGAAACGGAAUAGCUCAGCAUGAAGGGAGCUACUUUCUCUUCUGAAUAAAAAGUAAAUACUGGUGUUGCUGUAGUUUUUGUAAGGAUGUAAACCUCUGACAGGACAUAUACCUCUGAACUGAUCUGCUGCUUAACAGUAAUGAAUGUUUUUACCCUAGUAAAUUGACUGAUUGUCCUGAGAAAUAGCAAAAGAGAUGGCAACUUUUCCUAAGUGAAUGAGGCAAAAAUAAAUUCGUAAUAUGUAAUGUUUAUAUUUUUAUAUUAAUAAUAGCAUAUGCUUUUUAACUGGCUCUGAAAAAGCCAGCUAAAAUGAUAAAAAUAGCUGCAUCUGUCUCAGUUACAUUUUUGUCUCACUUAAAUGCAUAUUAAAAAUACAUACACUUUUUCAUUUCGGCGUUGGAAAUGUUACUGUUCAUUUGACUUAAAAUACAGUCUGCCUUUGUCAUGCAUUACUUUUCCUACUGUAAGAUGGAACAUGUUAAAAUUACUUAAAAUAUGAUGAUCACAUUCCAUUCAUAUAUUCACAGAAAAUUGUACUUUCUAGUUCCUGACAUGCAGUUAUACAUAGAGUUUAUAAGCAAAAUGUUUGGGUUUUUUUACUGUGUCCAUGCGUAACAAUACAGAGUUUAUAUCAAUAAGGUUUUACUUUCUCUUCCCCCUUCCCAUAGUAUUUUUUCAAGUCCUUGAUCUGAGCUGUACUGUUAAAAAAAAAAAAUUAUCUAAUAUUUGAAAUGCUUGUCAUGCUGAUAAAAUGUCACCUGCCUGUUUUGCAUGUAAACAAAAAGUGAAUUCCUGACCUUCUCAGUCAGUGGGAACAGGAUUUUAUCUUGUCUUAUUACAAAUACACAGUGGGAAAACCAAAGAUGAGCUGGAAAGAACAAGGUCAAAUAGCUGUACUAAAUGUUCUUUUUAUUUCUUUUAAAGUACGGCAUUUUAAUCUUGUUUUCUGCACUACCAGAGUACUCAUUAUUUUUUCUGUUUUAAAAGAGUAAUUGGAAUUAUGCUUUAUUCUGAUUCACUUUAGUAAUAAUCUGUUCCUCCUUAUUUGUGUAGCAAGAGAAAAGGUAGAGAAAAUCAGAAAAAAAGAUUGAGCCAAAUCUGCAGACAGGAAUGCAGGCUGUCUUAGGGAUGUAAAAUAGGAUAUUAACUCCAGCUCAUCUCUGGAUGCUCUGACACUGAAACAAAGCAAGCAUCAUCGGUGCUGUUACGAGAUUGUUCAUGUGGCAAUGGCAGUGUUCUCUUGGAGGUGGGUGUCUGUAUG